CAUGUCCCCCAGUGGGUGGAGCAAAUGAGGUCACAGGGCGUGGCUGGAGGGGUGGCUGCAUCUGACUCCUGGGCUACACUGGAACUGCUCUGGGAUGCCUCCUCCCUGUCAUUGCUGGAGGGGUGAUUCUUGUCUCACUGUCCAGCUUGGAGCGAUGCCACACGAGGAGCCGGUACACCUGUGCAAGACUGGAGGGGAGGGGCCGGUACACCUGUACAAGACUGAAGGGGAGGAGCCAGUACACCUGUGCAAGACUGGAGGGGAGGAGCCAGUACACCUGUGCAAGACUGGAGGGGAGGAGCCAGUACACCUGUGCAAGACUGGAGGGGAGGAGCCGGUACUCCUGUGCAAGACUGAAGGGGAGGAGCCAGUACACCUGUGCAAGAAUGAAGGGGAGGAUCCGGUACACCUGUGCAAGACUGGAGGGGAGGAGCCGGUACACCUGUACAAGACUGAAGGGGAG